AUGUCCAUCAGACUUCAAUGUCAGCCCCUCAACUUCACAGUAAUUCAAGUUUAUGCGCCAACAACCGAUGCUGAAAAGGAAAUUAUUGACCAGUUCUAUGGAGAUUUACAAGAAUUACUACUGUCAACACCAAAAAAGGAUAUCGUCUUCAUAGUUGGAGAUUGGAAUGCGAAAGUGGAAAAUCAAGCUGUAGAAGGUAUAACAGGGAAAUAUUGUCUUGGUACAACAGAUGAAGCAGGACAGAGACUCCUAGAAUUCUGCCAAGAAAAAUCAUUGAUAAUUACUAAUACACUGUUUCAACUACCAAAACGACGCCUAUAUGCCUGGACUUCGCCAGAUGGCCGACACCGGAACCAAAUUGAUUACAUACUUUGUAAUCAGAGGUGGAAGAGCGCGGUUCAGUCAGCUACAACAAGACCUGGGGCUGACUGCGGGUCAUAUCAUAAGCUCCUGAUUGCAAAAUUUCGGCUGAAACUUCAGAAUGUAGCAAAAAGUAUCCCAACUUGCAGAUACGACCUUAACUCUAUACCCUACGACUACACUGUAGAGGUGCAAAACAGAUUUAAUGUUUUAGAGCUGGAGAACAAAAGCUCACAAGAGAUGUGGACAGAAGUAGUUAAUACUAUCAAGGAGGCCGCAGAGAAACACAUUCCCAAGAAAAGGAACAGCAAGAAUGCUAGAUGGCUAUCAGUUGAGGCACUGCAAGUUGCAGAAGAACGAAGGAAAGCAAAAAUCAAGGGAGAUAGAUCAACUAUGUUUGAAUUAACUAAAGAUGUUCAGAAAUUAGCUAGCAGAGAUAAAAAUAUGUUCUUUAAUGAACAGUGCAAGGAAGUUGAAGAUAGUAACGGAAUGGGGAAGACAAGAGGUCUUUAUAAGAAAAUUAGAGAAAUUAAAAGAAAAUUCCAGGCAAAAAUUGGAAUGAUUAAAGAUAGAAACGGGAAAGAUUUGAGUGAAGCAGAGGAUGUUAAGGAAAGAUGGGCAGAAUAUGUAGAAGACCUAUACAAGAAAGAAAUGCAUAAUGACAGGGCUCCUACUGCUGAUGUUAAUGUUAAUUUAGAACUAGAGCCAGAUAUUUUGGAGAGCGAAAUCAAGUGGGCCCUUGAAAAUAUGGCUGAUAACAAAACUAGUGGACAUAAUGAAAUACCAGCAGAAUUGUUUAAAGUCACUGGAAAGGAUGCAAUCGUGACCUAG